AAAAAUAGACAGGACUUGCUUGAAGUUUGUUGUAUUUUGUUAAAUAGGUACUGUGAAUGUCGUUAGCCGCGUCUCGCUUGCAUCGUUGAUACGGCAGCUAGCUACUUGUCCGGCUUUUGUAAUUUCUAGGCAUUAACAGAAAUGUCCAACAUACAUUACUGUGUCGUCGAUAUUGUGUAUUUUACGUUGUUAUUAACUAACUAAUAGCUUUAUUUAUUAUAGUGCCGAAGUGUUUUUAAUUGCUUUUGUUAAAAUUUGGUCGAUCUACUGUCUCUACUGAGUGGCUGAGAAUACUUAGUGAUAUCAAGUUCCAGUCAAUGUACUGUCUGUGUAUUGUGUUAUUGUGGUGUCAAAUGUAAACAAAAAUAGAUUCGGAUGCAAUCUAACUUUUCUAAAAGAUUCAUAGAAGUAAAAAAUGAGAUGCUUUAAAUUGGCGAGUUCUGCAGCAUAGUCAGUUAUUAACAGACGUUAUUUAUACCUGAAGAUGUUAAGUAUAGUAAGAAAGCUCGCAAGCUGGUAUUGAGACAAAGGAUGGCGCCCGGAACCGGGUGGCCGGCGGCUGCAGCGCUUCUUUUGGCCAUACUUGGUUUAGCGCACUCAAGUUCGGAGAGCAGCGCGGUGUCGUGCGAGGCGCGUCAGUUCCGGUGCGCGGACGGGCUGCGCUGCGUGCCGGCGGCGUGGCGCUGCGACGGCCGCGCGCACUGCGCCGACGGCUCCGACGAGCUGCACUGCUCCAGUCCCAACCCGUCUAGCGCGGCGUGUCGGGGCGACGAGUUCCGCUGCGCCGUCAGCAACUUCUGCCUGGCGCCCAGCUGGCGCUGCGACGGCGAGCCCGACUGCGGCGCGCACGACGCUUCCGACGAGGACCCCUACAUGUGUCAGAAAGACUUCAAGUGUCCCGGCAACAGCGCGCGCUGCGAGACGCCGGUAGACGGCCAGUUCACGUGCGUGCCCAUCCAACAUUUCUGCGACGGCGAGCGCCACUGCCCCGACGCCAGCGACGAGUGGGAUAUUUGCGACAAUUUCACGGCGGCGCAGUGCGCGGCGCUGCAGUGCGAGGUGGGCUGCCGACCCACGCACGCCGGGCCGGCCUGCUACUGCGGCGCCGGGUACGAGGCGGGCGCCGGCGGCCGCUGCCACGACACGGACGAGUGCGCGCGCGACGACGCGUGCGCGCAGCUCUGCCGCAACACGGUCGGCUCGUACGCCUGCAGCUGCGCGGCCGGGUACCGGCUGCACGACGACGGCCGCGACUGCGUGCCCAUCAACGAGCCGGAGGGCGAGCCGCUGUCGCUGGUGCUGGUGACGGCGGGCGACGUGCGGCGCGUGUGGCCGGGCGACGAGGCGCGCGAGGCGCCGCAGUGGCCGCGCACGCGCACGCGCCUGCCCGCGCUCAACGUGCGCGCCAUCGACAUCCUUUAUUCCAACCGGAGCGUGUGCUACGUGCACCACAACCUGAGCGCGGCCGACAUCGUGUGCGCCGACGCGGACGACCUGGCGCGCCGCCGCGUGCUGCCGCGGCCCGCGCUGUUCCCCGACGUGGCCGGCGUCAGCCACCUGGCCGCCGACUGGGUGGCCGGCAACUGGUACCUGGUGGACGGCGCGCGCGAGGCGCUGUACGCCUGCACGCGCGACCUGCGCCACUGCCGCCUGCUGGUGGAGGGCGCGCUGGGCAAGGUGCACGGCUUCGCGCUCGACCCCGCCGCCGGCCUCAUGUUCUGGACGGUGUGGGGCGCCGCGCCCCCGGCCGUGGAGCGCGCCUCGCUGGCGGGCGCGGAGCGCGCCCCCGUGGCGGCGCUGAAGCUGGUGUACCCGUCGGCGCUGACGCUGGAGCCGGCGGCGCGCACGCUGUACUGGGCGGACGCCUACCUCGACUGCGUGGAGCGCGCCGACUACAGCGGAGCCCACCGCCGCACGCUGCGCCGCGGAUACGCUAGUCAGGAGCUGCUGCACAUCGCGGCGCUGGGCGGCGUGCUGUACCUGCCCAGCUGGAGGAACUCCAGCCUCCUGCUGGCGGCCCGCGGGCGCGCGCGCAGCCUGCCGCUGGACGCGCGCCCCACCGCCGCGCUGGCCUUCCACCGCGCGCGCCAGCCGCGCAGCGCGCACCCGUGCGCCGCGCGCAACGGGGGCUGCGCGCACCUGUGCAUCACGGCCUACGACGGCGGCGCGGCGCGCGCGCACUGCCUGUGUCGCCACGGCUGGCGCCUGGCCGGCCGCGGCGCCUGCGAGCGCGCGCACGAGGACGCCUACCUGGUGCUGGCGCGCGGCGCGCCCCCGCUGGUGCAGGCGCUGGCGCUGCGCCCGCGCGGCUGGGAGGCGGCGGCGCCGGCCACGGACGCGGCGCGGCCCACGGCGGCGGACGUGGACACGCGCGACCAGUACCUGUACUACUGCGACGUGCACCGCUACGAGAUCGUGCGCCAGCGCCUGGACGGCAGCGGCCGCGAGGUGUUCGCCGGCCGCGACGUCGACAACUGCGAGGGACUCGCCGUCGAUUGGAUGGGUGAGCGCGGCCCGGCUCCCUCAUACUCCUAUAAACACGGCCGACGAUUAUUGUUUCUCAGAAUAGAUUUAAUUAACAUUUAG